UCUCCACUCCUCGCUUCGUCUGUGCCACCACGAAAAGUCCCACCUUUUCCCUCUUCUCCUUCCUUCUUCUUCUCUUCUUGCAAUACCCUGUUUUUGGCGAAGUCGCUGCUUUCUGGUUUCAAACACUACUCCCAGUAGUUGAAUUGAGAAAUGAUUGAGUUCAGCAAAAGAUCGAAGAUGAAACCCUCCUCUUAGGAUUUCCUGCCUCCGACUCCCUCGCGUUUUUGUUUCUCGUGAUGGAAGCGAUCGAUUGGAUUAUUAGAAGCAGAGCGACGCAUGGAUCCAGCGAAGAGCACCAAAUAAGAAAGCUGCGGCGGGUGAAGCUCCCCUUCUGGUCCUAUCCUCCAAACCGUCCUCCUGGUUCCUGAUUUGCCCGGACCACAAAGUUUGGACCUUAAUUUAGUUGUCGUUCUCCUCGUUUUUUUUUCCUUCUUCUUCUUCGUGUUCUUGUUCUUCUUCUUAAAUUCGUCCUGUUCUUCAAGUUCUUGCCUUUGAACACGGCUGAUGAGUUCUGUUCCUCUUGGGGAUUUGGGGUUCUUUAGGGGGGUUCCUAAUGUCCUGGGAUUCGGGUUUGGCCCGGAUUUACCGCCGUCUUCUUCCAUCGUGUUGGCCGGAGAAGGCAGCGAUCUCUCCAGCGCGCCUUCUCGGCCGGCCGGACACAAGGAUGGCGAUGGAGGGGUUCCCAACCCCAAGACGGCCAUCGCUAUGAAGAACCACAGCGAGGCCGAGCGGCGACGCAGGGAGAGGAUCAACAGCCACCUCGCCAUUCUCCGCCGCAUGGUCCCCGGCGCCGACAAGUUGGACAAAGCCGCCUUGCUUGCGGCAGUGAUCAACCACGUAAAGAAACUGAAGGAAACCGCAGCAGAAAGCAGCAGAGGCCACACCAUUCCUUCCGACGCCGACGAAGUGCGAGUCGAAGUCGAAGGAAGCGCAGCCAGCUGCAGCACUGGCAUUGUCACAGUCAAGGCGUCUCUAUGUUGCGAGGACCGACCGGAGACCCUCGUAGACCUCAAGCAAGCUCUCCAAACUCUCCGUCUGAAAACCAUCGGCGCUGAGAUCUCAACCUUAAAUGGCCGUGUAAAGAAUGUCCUUGUGAUGGCAGCUGAAGGGAAUUCUGGCACCGUUGACAGGCAUCUUUUUGUGGCCUCCGUCCACCAGGCCCUCAAGUCCAUACUUGAUAAAGUGAACUCGCAAGUCGACCUUCUGCCGAGGGCCUCGUUUUCUAACAAGAGACGCAGAAUCUCACCAUUCUGACUGACUCCUCGAAGCUUAUGAUCUCCCUUUGUACUGAAGCUACUUCAAUUUGCUAUGCUUUUGUUUUACAUUA